AUGCUAUUUCGAAUUAAUCGUCAAACUGAUCCAAAACGUCAAUUUUCAAUUGAUCAAAGUGGAUCGCUGCGUGUUGCUCAACGGCUUGAUCGUGAAGAGAUUCCGAAAUAUAAUUUAGUUAUUGAGGCAUUUGAUUCUGCUGGAAAUGUUGGAUUUCAAACGAUUGAAAUUUAUGUGCAGGAUGUUAAUGAUAAUGCACCGGUACCAUAUACGGUACCAAAUCCAUGUGUUUUCAUGGAAAAUACCGAUCCAACAAUGCAACCAACAUGUGAGAUACGGGCAUAUGAUCCGGAUACCAUUGAGAAUGGACCACCUUUCAUGAUGAAAUUAGCAUCAGAUUUUAAGUUUGGCGCAUAUCUAAAUGUUGUCUAUAACAAAAAUGGUGAUAAUGGUAAUGGUUCGAUGAUUGUUACAGCAAAACAACGAUUAGAUCGUGAAGCUGAAUUUCCCGGGAAACAACUUGAAAUUCCAAUAAUUCUAAAAGAUUCUGGUGGUUUGCAAUCGGAACGUUCUGUUUACAUUAUUAUUGGUGAUGAGAAUGAUAGUCCAAUGAGAGAUGGCGAAAUGACUAUUUUUGUAAAUAGUUAUUUGGGACAUCUUGAAAAAACAGUAAUUGGACGCGUAUACGUUGAGGAUAAAGAUGACUGGGAUUUGCCGGAUAAAGUUUUCUCAUGGGCUCCUGGUAAAUCUUUACCUGGCUUCAAUCUUGCUAUUAAUGGAGAGAUCACAAUGGAUGCUAAUAUGCCACCUCGAACAUAUCAAAUGACUGCCAAUGUUAUUGAUAAAGCACGGAAUGAGAAAGCACAAGGUGUUGUUAAUGUAAUUGUAAAGAAGGUACCAGCUGCUGCUUUCGAAAAUCAGGGUGCAAUAAGAAUUAUGCUAUCACCUAAAGAACUUGAUUCACCGGAAAGUUUUAUAAGAGUUGAUUCAACCGGUUCCAGUCCGAUGAGUCGAUUUAUGAAUAAAAUGAAUGAAUACUUAGAUGGGAAUUCUGAAUUGGAUGUUUUUUCUAUCAAGCAAGAUCAAGUGGUACUGCAAAAUUAUGCUCCACCUGUAUUAGAUGUUCGUUUUUCCGCUCACGGUACACCAUAUAAAAGUCCAAUUUUGUUGAAUGGUUUAAUUGCACAACAUCGUAGUGAAUUAGAACAAGCAAUUGGUGCUAAAAUUGUAUCAGCUGGUAUUGAUAUGUGCAAAUUUACUGUAUGUGAUAAAGGAUGCCAAACUGUUAAUCAUGCCAAUGAGCAAGGUAUCGUAGUAUCGGCUAAUCAAACAGUUGUAGUUGGUGUAAAUGCAUGGUCUAAUGAUACUUGCAUUUGCCCAGUUUUUACACCACCUUCAUCAUGUCAAGCUAAUUUGUGUCUUAAUUCCGGUGUUUGCCAUAAUACAUAUCCCGGAUUCUUUUGUGAAUGCCGUAAUAAUUUCCUGAAAGGUUUACGCUGUCAAGGUACCACACGUUCAUUUGAUGGAAAAGGAUUUGCUUGGUUUAAACCAGUUCCAGCAUGUACAUCACUAAAUAUCUCUCUACAAUUUUUGACUAAACAAGCUAAUGGUUUAUUGUUGUAUAAUGGACCAAUGAGUGGUGAUAAUAAUACAUAUGGACGAGCAGACUAUAAAGAUUAUGUGAUCUUACGAUUAGUUGGUGGUCGUAUACAAGCGGAUUUCACGUUUAAUGGUAUCGUCGCUAAUCCGAUACAAAUUCCUAGCUCUGAUGCUCUUAAUGAUGGAAAAUGGCACACAGUUACAUUGUCCCAGGAUGGCAAACUUAUUGAAUUAGUAAUUGAUAAUUGCUAUACGAUUGUGCCAGUUGGAACAGGUGAUAAAAUUACUGGCACUGAUGAUUCAUCUUGUCGUCGUGUUAAAAUAACAACUGAUGAUGAUGAGCGGUUAAAUGUUGUCGCACCUUUACAGAUUGGUGGAGUUGCACCGCUAUCCGGAAAUGAUCGCUAUCCAAAAGUUGUAACAGCUUUUGCGAUGAAUUUUAAAGGUUGCAUACGUAAUCUGAUAGUGAAUAAUGAACUCUACGAUUUGGGUGUUCCGGAUUACGCUAAUGAAGAAUAUUCACAAAUCGGUUGUGAACUUACGGAAGGAGCUUGUGGUAUAAAUGAUAUCAGAGGACCAUAUUGUGUUCAUGGGGAAUGCAUUUCUGAUUUAGUGUCGAGUGUGCCGAAGUGUUUAUGUGACCCAGGAUAUGGUGGUGAUCGAUGCGACAGUUCAUUUAAAUGGGUUGAAUUUGGUCCUGGAUCAUUUGUCGAGUAUGAUGUAAAAGUGGGUCUGGAAGAUAAGACAACAAAUGUAGAUGUGCUAUUCUUACCUGGUAAAACUAAUACUGGAAUCGGAGAGCUUGGUUUUGCUAGCGCUGGUGAAAAAUAUAUCAGUACCUCAAUGGAAAAUUAUUCACCAACAGCAAAAUUUGACUUCAGUUCUAGUUCUGGUGCUAUCGCUUCUAGUGCGUCAGUAGAAUUACAGUUGACCGAUUUACAUCUUCAAGAUAAUAUCUCUUAUUGGAUGCAAUUUUCCCGAAGUCCUGUUCGUGCUUCCUUAUCAGUUGAUGGUGUUUAUCAUGGAGUAUUACCUUUAAAUCCAUUCAAAAUUCCAUAUCAAAUCGAUAUAAAUGAAUUACUUCUUGGAGCAUUAAAUGUUCAAGGUUCUAAAGACUUCCGAGGUUGUGUUGGUACAUUUCGUUGGCAGCAUAUUAAUUUACCAUUGAUGAAAAGCGAAGAAUGGUCAAGCGAGAGUUAUAGCCAAAGUGAUAGUGAUUCGAUUAUAUCUGUGAAGCAAUCGAAAGGUGUCGAUAUUGGUUGUUCACAACGAAAGACAUGUGCUAAUGUUGGAUUUGCAUAUUGCGGUGGCUCCUUUGUUUGUGUUGAUUUUUGGAAAGGACCAUUCUGUACAUGUCCAGAAGGAGCACAGGUACUUCUUGGAGCUAAUGGUGAAUUGGUCGGUUGCGGUGAAACAUUAGCCGUUAGCAGUCUUGGUAUUUCCAGUCCUGCAAUCAUUCUCAUCCUUAUUUGUCUAAUUUUAUUAAUUAUGAUGGUGCUAUUAAUGGUUGUGUACACUCGACGCCAUACACCACCAUUUGAGCCUGUUCGUCCAGAAGAAUUAAAUCGUGAUAAUUUGAGACCAUAUGAUAUCGAAGGAGGUGGUGAAGCGGAUAAUGAUCAAUAUAAUAUUACCAAUCUUCGUAAACCGGUAAUACCAAUUGAGGAAAAUGGUAUCAAUGGAUAUGCACAACCUGCAUAUCCCAUACAACGUACACAAAUAGAUGAUAAACUUAAUAGCAGAAUCAAGAAUUUGGAAGCAGAUCCGGAUGCUACAGCACCAUACGAUGAAUUACGAAUUUAUGAUGAUGAAGGCGAUAAUAUAUCAAGAAUAACGCUUGAGUCGCUUGAAUCAAGUGAUGAUACAGUUCGUCCAGGCAAUCUUGAUCAAGAAGUUGAAAAAUGGGGUCCACGCUUUAAUAAUUUAGCAGACAUAUAUGGUAAACGAGAGAAAUGA